GCUACAACAACAAAGAGAGCUCUGGUUCGCUUGUGUAGGAAACUGGCUAUCACAAGCUGGGAUUUUUGCGAAGAUGGUAUCUUUCUUCGUAACCAACAGAUUCACGAUGUGGUUUUGUGCUGGAGUGUGCAAAGGCCAGCUUCGUCUGCUACGCAAGGAGGGCAACUUAUACAACUACAUUGUCCGCUGUCUAAAUUCAACAGCUGCGUAUUCACAUCUCCGGGACAGCAACUACUUUUACCGCUGCUGCCUGACUGGGAAGUUUUCAUCCAACUGCUGUCCUCGUUUCCUGGAAAAGGAAAACUUCCACAAACUCAAGACAAGGCUUGCUGCGGAACCAGGAGCAUGUAUAUUUGAUUUGGAGUUCGUUUCUGUACAUCAUAAAGCAUCUCUAGCACCGGCAUAAUCUGUUGUGUAUA